AUGGGCAAAGAAAAGACUGGAUUGAUAUACGGUGGAUCCGGACAAUAUUGUUCUUCCUCAUUCCUCUGCAAUCUAUCUAUCUAUCUAUCUAUCUAUCUAUCUAUCUUCUAUCUAUCUAUCUAUCUAUCUAUUCUUUCUUUCUUUCUUUCUUUCAACUUUCCUCUCAACACACACUUUCUUCUUUUUAACCUGGUUUCUUUUUUCAUUCAAUCGUCCUCUCAAUCUUUCUUUCUUUCAAUCCUCCUCUCAACAUUUUCUUUCUUCCUUCGUUUUAAUUUUUCUUUCUUUCUUUCUUUCUUUCUUUCUUUCUUUCUUUCUUUCUUUAUUUAUUUAUUUAUUUAUUUUCUGUCAUUUUUUUUCUUACAUUGUAUUAAUAUCUCUUUAUGUAUCUAUCUUCGCAUUCUUGAAAGAAUAAACUUCUUUUUUCUUUCCUUUCAUUCCUUGUUUCUUUCUUUCUAUUUUAAUUCAAAUUUCUUUCUUUCUUUCUUUUUUCUUUCUUUCUUUCUAUCUUUCUUUCUUUCUUUCUUUCUUUCUUUCUUUCUUUCUUUCUUCUGUUUUAUCUGUUCCUCUUCUUCUUCUUCUUCUUCUUCUUCUUCUUCUUUCUUUCUUUCUUUCUUUUCCUUCUUCUUCUUCUUCUUUUUUCUUUUUUUAUUUCCUUUUACUUAUUAUUUUUUCUUUCUUUCUUUAUUAAGAACAAAUUUGUUUUUCUUUCUAUCUAUCUAUCUAUCUAUCUAUCUAUCUAUCUAUCUUAAUUUCUUUAAAUGA